AUGGCUUCGGCAGAAAAAAACGCCCAAAUUAGUUUAGCGUUAUGCGGUAAAAAAAAGAAAUUGUUGGAAGAGAUUCAUCCAUUACAUAUUAUUCGUGAGGUUCAGAAAUGGCCCGGAUUAUACGUAAAAAACAGUCCGGAACAGACCAACGUCAAUUUAAAACACAAAAUGUGGAUUGGAAUCGCUAAAGCUCUAUUCAACGACUGGGAUAAGUUUAGCGCCGAUGAAAAAGAAUGUAAAGUUACAGACCUGCAAAGAAAAUGGCGAAAUUUGCGCGACACGUUCAAACGACAAAUAGCGAUCGAAAAACAGAUACGCGAAGGGAAAAAUAUUAAGAAGAAGACGUAUGUUUACUUCAAGUACAUGCUUUUUCUGUUACCGCACCUUCAGGCGGCGGAAGAGGAGGAAAAAGAUGAAACUGUGUCGCCUCUUCUCGAUGAAUACUUGGGUCGCAAGCGAAGCAUCCAUCCGUCAACGAAGGCGCGCCGGCAAGUCAUGCGGCGUCACGCGAACGACGUGGCAAACGAAUCAGCAGUAGCAGAGGUGGCACCGCGCGCCUCGCUCGGCACAGGUUGCACCAUCGACGAAGACGAGCACUUCCUCAUGUCACUUAUACCCUCCUUCAAGAAGAUGACGGACGACGAAAAGCUUACCACCAAAGUAGAGAUAUUAAAAGUUAUAAAGCAAGUGAGACGUAGAUCGGAACGACACGGAUCAGAACGACGCGCACCAGCGUCCCCUGCGGCCGAUAUACUCAAUAUCGAUGACUAUAAGGAAGAGCUGAUUCACGUAGAAACAGACGAGCUGUUACAGUCUGGCGACGAGUAUGAUAAUGCAAUGAAAUAUGACAAUAGUGAAGAAAGUUCUGAAUAG